CUGCGACUGCGAGAAGAGGCAAGAGGGACGCCAUAUUUUGUAAUUCGUAACACCGAGUGCUGGCUGUGAGGAACCACUUCUGUUCUAUUACAUUGGUAAAGCCGAAUCGAUCAUAUAUUGUUGAGUGGAUAGUGAAUACAGGCUAAUAUACGUAUAAUUGCCUGACAAGACUAAUACAACAUUUAGUUGUUGUUUUGUGCUUUGAAUUGUAUAUAUUUUAGGACUUCUAAUAAUGUCGCACACGAUUCUACUGAUCCAACCUGGCAUAAAGCCUGAGACCCGCACAUAUUCCGAUUAUGAUUCGGUCAACGAGUGUAUGGAAGGUGUUUGUAAGAUCUACGAGGAGCACCUGAAGAGACAGAAGAACCCCAACACUCCCUCCAUAACGUACGAUAUCAGUCAACUCUUUGACUUCAUCGACCAGCUCACCGACCUGUCCUGCCUAGUGUACCAAAAGUCAACAAACACGUACGUCCCCUAUAAUAAGGAUUGGAUAAAGGAAAAGAUCUACGUUUUGUUGCGACGACAAGCAUCAAGAUGUAACUAAACUUGGCAUCAUAAUGUGGUGCUUCAUAAUCAUGGGAUUAAAACAUUGAGCGUUGCUCAUCGUUUAUUGAUUAUGAUUAAGUCAAGGAAAUACUGUCUUUCUCAGUUACGACACAGUAGAACAAGUUUAGUUUCGCGUAUUAUUUAUUGGUUGGAUUUUUUGUACAAUGGGAUCAGUGCAAAGAAUUUCGGGGAAAAUACUUGACUUCAAUUAUGUUUUGAUGUUGCUAAUCUACGUUUAAUAGUUUGACUGUUAUUUCUUAAUACUAUUUAUAUUUUUUAAUCAUUCCAUGUAUAAUGUUUUUGAAAAAUUCUGUUGGUUUUUAAUGUCAAUGUAUUGUAUUGUCUAAAACUUAUUCAACAUUUUGUUUACAGAAAUUUUAUGUAAUUGACAAAAAGAAAGUCAAUGAUGUGGUAUUGUAUGGUAAUAUACAGCAUAAUGAAACUGUGUGUAAAAUAAUGGAAAUAUCCAAAUUUAUUAUUGUUAAUAGCAUACAUUUAUGAAAUUCCUGUUUUUCUCAGUUAGUUUACUUGAGCUAUUGUAAUUACUUAAACUAUGUAAUUUUAAUGGAUCAUGAGAUAGCUGGACUCAAUUCUCACAAUCUUGUGAAAAAUUGUGCUAAUUUUACAUUUGUAAACAUCAUUUCAUGAAGCAAGUAGUGUUUUAUUUUUUAAAAGAAACAUGUACUAAUUCUAUAAAAAGAAACUUAAUGUAGUAAAGUUAUAAUGUACAAAAUGAAAAAAUUUAUAAUUUGUAUACCUUGUAUGGUUUGGUUUGGAAAUGUAUAUCUAAGUUAUGAUUUGUUAGUAUAAUUUAAUUGUAUCCUGACGUGUUCUCUAAUUUUACCUUUAUUUAAUAUAGUAGUUUAAACUAAUUAAUUUAUAGUUUUAUUAACCUCAAAAUGUAUUAUCUUUUUUAAUUUUCCCAUAUGCGUUUUAUUGAGUUGUCUUAAUCAAACCCAACAUAUAUGUUUAUAUCAGGAAAUAAAAAGAAUAGCGUGUAAAAUUUGAGACGUAUAUUGUCACCGGUAAUAGAAAUUAAAGAAUUAAUUAAAUUAC